CAGCACUCAGUUAGAGGCAAAGCUUGGUCGAUAAACCUCACUUUAUAUUGCGUGAUGUUUCACUCCGUUACUGUAGGGGGCGAUAGUCACCUCAAGUCAAGUCUUAACUAGCGACUCUGCGGGACCGAGUGAACUUGGAGUGCUUGUUUUAUUUUAAUCAUAUUGAGGUCACUUUUAUGAUUUUGAGGAAAAUCUACACACAUAUUCCUUCAGAAUGAGUAACAUAUACAUUCAAGAGCCACCCACGAAUGGAAAGGUCCUGCUUAAGACCACAGCAGGUGAUAUUGAUAUGGAACUUUGGUCCAAGGAAGCUCCAAAAGCAUGUAAAAACUUCACUCAGCUCUGCAUGGAGGGUUACUACGAUGGUACAAUCUUCCAUCGUGUGGUCACAGAUUUUAUUGUUCAAGGAGGUGAUCCAACAGGUACUGGAAUGGGUGGCGAGUCCAUCUACGGUCGCCCAUUCAGGGAUGAAUUUCACUCCAGGUUACGCUUUAAUCGGAGGGGUUUGGUUGCAAUGGCAAAUGCAGGACCUCAUGAUAACGGGAGCCAGUUUUUCUUCACACUGGGACGCGCUGAUGAACUCAACAACAAACAUACAAUUUUUGCAAAGGUCACAGGAGAUACAGUAUAUAACAUGCUGAGGUUAGCAGAUGUGGAGUGUGACAAGGAUGAACGACCUCUCAACCCACACAAAAUUAGAUCUUCAGACGUCUUACACAAUGCCUUCGAUGACAUCAUACCUCGCGAAAUUAAAGCUAAAAAGGAGAAAGGCAAAGACGAAGGAAAGAAAUCGCAGUCCAAGGCCACCAAAAAUUUCAGUUUGCUGUCAUUUGGAGAGGAGGCAGAGGAAGAUGAAGAGAUGGUUAAUCAAGUCAGCCAGACCAUGAAAGGCAAAAGUAAGAGCAGUCAUGACCUGCUGAAAGAUGAUCCCAAGUUAAGCUCCGUCCCCGUUGUUGACAGGAAAGACGACGAAAGAGCAGAAGGGGAUUCUCUUGAGGAUACAGAUGAUGACGUGGAGGAAGAAGCUGAUGGUGAAACCGAUAGGGAGAAGGUCAAAGAGUACAUCUCUAAAAAACUCAAGAAAGAGAAGACGGAGGACAAAACUGAGACCAGUCUUGAACCAGUAAAGAAGACUUCUCGCAGUGAUGAAUUGCGAAAAGAAGCUCGCCAGCUGAAGAAAGACUUACUCGCAAUCAAGCAAAGAAGAGAAGAGGGUUUUAAGGAGGAGGAGAAACGGAGCGAGGGUGACAGUAAACCAUCCAGUGAGGCAAUGGUUGAGUACCUGGAGAGCAGGAAGAAGUAUGAAGACUUAAAGAAGCAGAAAAGGAAGAAGGGGUCUGGUCGAGAGGCUCAGACACUCGCCCUUUUGGAAAGCUUCAAAUCCAAGCUGACAACUGCGAUCUCGGACACUUCUGAAGUUCCGGAGGAAAACGUUGAGGAACUAGGCGACGAUGAUGAUAAAGGCUGGAUGGCCCAUGUUCUCCACUUUGAUGAACAAACCAGAAAGGUGAAAGAUGCCAACAUGCAGGACGAAGACACGUUCGAGAUCUAUGAUCCACGCAACCCCGUCAACAAGAGGAGACGAGAGGAGAGCAAGAAACUCAUGAAAGAAAAGAAGGCCAGGAGAUGAAGCCAGCACGCUGACUAGCGUGGUCCGUCUGUCUGAAAUGACUCCUGCUGAUAGCAGAAAGCAUUUCUACACGUGAAGAGAACUGGGUGUUGUUCUGUGUGCACAGACUGUCCUGGUUGGUUUUAUUUCUGUCUGCUAAUAUUUGUAAAGAUAUUCUUUUUAGUCUACAAGGGAAAGGUAGCAGACUCUUAUUAUGUAUUUUCUGUUGUACGAAACAAUGUGAAAGUGAAAAUUAAAGAGUGAAAAAUGUCCAUUAUAUGGUGAAAAUAAAAGUGAUUUUUACUAAUAUCUCAUAUAAAACUGGUUCCACUAUACAGUCUGAAUCAAGCAAGCGAGUCCCACCUGUCCAUUAAAUAAUCAGAGUAAUGCAAGACACACUCGUCCAUGCUGAAAUAAACCAGAGCUCAUCAAGAAAAAUUCCACUGUAAGCCAUCACCAAAAUCAAUCAUCUUGUUAUAUUUAGUAACUAUCCCACAAUGUAAAUGGUGACGUGAUGUUUUGAAACAGCAGACCAGACUUUUUUUGAAACCGCCUCCCUGAAUAAGUCAAAGCACUGGUGGCUACUGGCUUUGGUGCAUCUCACCUGCUUUAAAUUUGCGGCGGCUUUGGCCGCAUGGCUCUUAUGGUGUAACAUUAACUCUGUUCCAUGUGCAAAUUUAAGCGUGAUCCCAGAGGAGCAGUAAAAGGUUGCACGCCGGCCAAACCGUGCUGCUGGUCGAGCAUACUCGUGGUAGAUCGUUUAGACUGAACCGCAGUCGGCCGACAUCACCGGUAGUGCAGCUAAACUUGGUUGUUUUCUUAGAAAUGUCAAACUGAAGCAAAAACGAUAGGAAGUCUUUACUAUUUUGCUUCCAUUUUAAAUCCGAUGUUUCUUUUCAGGUAGAGGAUUGUGUAUGACUGAUGAAUAGGGAUGUUUUAAAAGAUGUUUUUGAAUUUAAGCCCAUGUUCUAUCAGCUGUGACUAUGAUGUUCAUUAUAGAUAUACACACAUAGAUGCCUCAUUAGCAGCUGUUUCUAUGGCUGAGUAUACUUAAAUUGGCCGCCAUAUUGGAACAGUCAAAGCCGAUCCGUAAAUACUUGAGCAAGUUGACUGUGAAUCUCCAACCGUAGCUGCAACACUUGUGUAAAUAUUAAAAGUUUUGUGCUGUUGUUUAGAACCACACAUGCUUAAUUCACACAAUACAACAACACAAAGGUUUUGGUGCACAUGGUACACGUAUGUGAUAUCGCUUAUUUCUCCCUAAACUCUUUGUAAGGCGCUUUGGAUAAAAGCGUCUGGUAAAUGACUAAAUGUUAUGUAAAUGCUGGAAAAUCAAGUAAUCAAUUUCAAAAUGUUUGUUUUUAUGUACGUGUCUGUGUCGUGUAUAUUUUAUACAGUUUAAAUAUAUAUAAAUACACAGAACAUACAUUUAAAUAUUUAAGAAAAAUUAGUAAUAAUAUAAAGCUGCUAAAAAAAUGUA